GGAUAUGCUGCAGAAGGAUCCGUGCCAGAAACAAGCCUGUGAAAUACAGAAAUGUUUACAAGCCAACAACUACAUGGAAUCUAAGUGUCAGGCUGUCAUCCAAGAACUUCGUAAGUGUUGUGCUCGCUAUCCCAAGGGAAGAUCUCUCGUCUGUUCAGGAUUUGAAAAAGAAGAGGAAGAAAAGCUGACACUGAAGUCCACAUCAAAGUAAAGUUCUGCGGAGAAGUUCAAUGCUGCACCAUGUUUCCACCAAUCGAGCUCUAUUUAUCCUCCUGACUCUUCAGGCCAGGUAGCAGCAAAUAGCAAAUGAAAAAGUCAACUAUUGAAGUUAAUAAAUAUGCCACCUAUGCAGAACAGAUAGAAAUAUAUUAAACAAAUAUGUAGAAUGUAAUAAAAACUGAGCUGCUAAAAUAAACCUGUU